AUGUCCGACAAGCUCAACGACGAUGUCCUCCUCGCCGUCCUCGAGCACAUCGCCGAGCCCGCUUUCGACCAACGCGGCUACCGCACGAGGCAGAGCACGCUCUUGAGCUUGUGCCUCGCCUCGCGCCACCUGUACCGCCUUGUCGAGCCGCUCCUGUGGCGCCAGGUCCGCUUCAAGAGCGUCGAACAACUCGCUCAACUGCGACGACGCGUCGCGGCCGGGUCGCCGAGCGGGCUCACCUCGGUCUACACUGUGCCGUGGCAAGCCCGGACUGAGCACGACGAGGCCGUCCUCACCGUCGCGGAUAUCCUGCCCAACAUCGUCCACAUCGAACUGAGCGGCACCUACCGCUCGAUCCUCCCGCUCGCGAGCCACAGCAACUUACGGCGCCUCUCCCUGUGGCAGGUCUACCUCUCCAACUCGUCGCCGACCCUUCCUCAGCUCGAGCAACUGGCGAUUCGCGACAGCUCGGCGCCCAAGUACCUCCUCGAAAGGUGGCUCGACCCGUUCCACCUCCCUCGCCUCCGCGCCCUCCUUUUCUGCGGCGUCAGAGACCAGGGGACGUUCCUCUCGCUCGAGGUCGUCGUAUUGCCGCCUAUCCUCGCCCAGCUCGAGGUCAUCCAGACCGACGACCGGUCGCUCGGCGCGCACGACCCUCUCGCGUGGAGCGACGAGCCGCCCUGCCUGUGCUACCACGGCCUGACGAGCGAGGUCGUCGUGCGCUACAACCUGUACGGCCCGACCUCGAUCGACACGCCGUCAAUGACCAGGUCGACCCGGCGCAGGAUCGACGCGGGCGUCCGUCGCGAGCAGCUGCGCGAGCGCCGGCCGUCCGUCUUCGUCUUUCCGGCGGCGGGCGUGGACCAGAUGGCGCGACUGGACGUGCCGCAGCUCGAGGAGCAGGGCCUGUGCGUCUUGUUCGACGAGGGCGACAGCCACGAGCCGCAGUCGCGCGAGCUCGUCUCGCACGAGUUCUGGUGGCUCGCUCGGGCGCUCAAGGCGGAGCGGGAGCGGCGGGAGGACGAGGAGCACGAGUAGAUGUCGAGCAGCUUGCGAUCGACUCGUCACUUGACCGCGCUCGUCGUCGUCGUCGUCGCCUGCGCGAGAAGAGAGAGCCUGAGCGUCGCCCAGAACACCUCUCGCCUUUCGCUUUCGGGGCUCGCCGUCUUCGUGC